UUGGAAAAGGGGAGUGUAUAGAGUACAAAUACUCUUAAAUUAAAGGGGAACAAUCGAUAAAUAUCUAAGAAUCAUUUACGUAAUUUCAAUCAAAAUCAAUUAGUCUCCUUUAUAGAAGCCAAUCACUCAGUUACACCACAAACCAAUCUCUAGUAGUAUCCUUAAAAAAAAAAAAACGUCUCUGAGUUUCAUCUCUCUCUCCGUCUCUUUUGGAUCUUAAGCAAUGUUCAGAGUCUUGGCGAGCAGAGGACUGAGAGCUAAGUCUCUCUGUGACAACAAAUCCUCGAGCUUUCUUGCCCCUUUCACCUCUUCCAGAUGGAAUCAUUCCAUACCUUUUGCUACGGUAGAUGCGGAGGAGAUAUCUGGUGCUCACCCUGCUGAAGUACAGAGCUUUGUGCAAGGGAAGUGGAUAGGAUCUUCGAACUACAACACGCUUCUGGAUCCUCUCAAUGGAGAACCUUUCAUUAAAGUUGCUGAAGUGGAGGAAUCAGGAGUUCAGCCGUUCGUUGAGAGCUUAGCACAGUGUCCGAAACAUGGUCUGCAUAACCCUUUUAAAUCUCCUGAGAGAUAUCUUUUAUAUGGAGAUGUGUCGACAAAGGCAGCUCAUAUGCUCGCCUUACCUAAGGUAGCUGAUUUCUUCACGAGGUUGAUUCAAAGGGUUGCUCCUAAGAGUUACCAGCAAGCUGCUGGAGAAGUCUUCGUCACACGAAAGUUCUUAGAGAACUUUUGCGGCGAUCAGGUGCGGUUCCUAGCACGGUCUUUUGCAGUGCCUGGGAAUCACCUUGGGCAGCAAAGUCAUGGCUACCGCUGGCCUUAUGGUCCUGUGACGAUUGUUACACCAUUCAAUUUCCCACUAGAGAUUCCACUACUUCAGCUGAUGGGGGCUUUGUACAUGGGUAACAAACCUCUUCUUAAAGUUGACAGCAAGGUGAGCAUUGUAAUGGAGCAAAUGAUGCGGUUGCUUCACUACUGUGGUUUACCCGUUGAAGAUGUUGACUUUAUAAACUCUGAUGGCAAGACUAUGAACAAGAUAUUGCUAGAGGCGAAUCCAAGGAUGACUCUCUUCACGGGUAGCUCUAGAGUAGCUGAAAAGUUGGCACUUGACCUCAAAGGUCGGAUCAGGCUAGAAGAUGCUGGAUUUGAUUGGAAAGUUUUGGGACCAGAUGUUCAGGAGAUUGAUUAUGUUGCAUGGGUAUGUGAUCAAGAUGCAUACGCGUGCAGUGGACAGAAGUGUUCUGCACAGUCUAUACUUUUUGUGCACGAGAACUGGUCAAAAACCUCUCUUCUCUCCAAGUUAAAAGAUCUUGCAGGAAGACGCAAGCUGGAAGACUUGACCAUUGGUCCUGUCCUAACAUUUACAACAGAGGCAAUGUUGGAGCACAUGGAGAAUCUGCUUAAGAUUCCAGGCUCAAAGCUACUCUUUGGUGGGAAACCGUUGAAGAACCACUCUAUUCCUUCUAUCUACGGAGCUUUGGAGCCCACCGCAGUUUAUGUUCCCAUUGAAGAAAUCUUGAAGGACAGUAAAACCUACGAACUCGUCACCAAAGAAAUCUUUGGACCGUUUCAGAUUGUAACGGAAUACAAAAAGGAUCAACUUCCUCUUGUGUUGGAUGCUUUGGAGAGGAUGCACGCUCAUCUAACUGCUGCUGUUGUUUCAAACGACCCCAUCUUUAUCCAGGAAGUGAUAGGGAACACGGUGAAUGGGACUACAUAUGCUGGACUCAGAGGAAGAACAACUGGAGCUCCUCAGAAUCACUGGUUUGGACCUGCUGGGGAUCCAAGAGGAGCAGGGAUAGGAACACCAGAGGCAAUAAAGCUGGUGUGGUCAUGCCACAGAGAGGUCAUCUAUGACUAUGGUCCGAUUCCACAUGGUUGGGAACUUCCUGCAUCUACUUAAAAUGAGCGAAAGAGAGAGAGAGAGAGCACUUUGUUUGCUCUAUUACCCAAUAAAAGUGAGAGUUUUUGUAGUUUACCUACCCUCUCUACUGGUUUGUAGUUUCAGUAUGAGUGUGGGGGAGGAGGCAUAACAACAACUUUUGAAUCAUGAAAUAAAAGCGUUGACUUAGUUAGUCAAUGGCUGAGAGGCUGAUUAUUAUCAUUGUAAAACUUCACUGAAUCUUAAUUAUGUUUUUUUUUUCCA